CACCCAGUCCCCUCGUCCUAUCAACCGGGCCGAAACCUUGAGUCUUCUCCGAGGUCAAUCGACUAACAGGAGCUGGGCGAAGAGGAACUCUGCAAAGUUGGCCCCCGAAACGAACCCAUCCCGCCUUUCCAUGUCUUGGAGCAGCACCAGGAGGAAAGGGUUGAAGGAGCUUCUCCUGCAGAGCAGUCAAGCCAGCCCCACCUGGAUUACACCUUCCCCCAAAGAGUCCGUCUCGACGGAGACCCAGCGGGGAGAGGAUCAACUCUCGGAGGUGAAUUCUGAGGAGUUGUGCUUAGCUCUGGACCCCUUGGAGCACGAGUGGAUGUUGACCGUGGCCCAAGGGGACGCCGAAAGCAUCCUCAACCUCUUAGCCAAGGAGCCCAGCUUGCUUUCCAGGAGAGACUUCGUCACUGGUUUCACCGUCCUCCAUUGGUUGGCGAAACACGGCCGUCACGAAGAUUUGAUCCAGGUGAUGUCUUUUGCAGAGAGGAACGGCUACCCAACCAACGUCAAUGUACUCACGGCCAGCGGGAGGCUGACCCCUCUCCACUUGGCUGCUCUUCAGGGUCACACGAUGACCAUCAAGGUCCUAGUAGGAGCCUUCGGGGCCAACACCAGCCUCAGGGACCACAAUGGCCGCAAAGCCUGGCACUAUCUCCACGCCAACGCUCCCAGAGAGUUGAAGGAGCUCCUGGGAGCAACCGAAGACGACUUGGCCAUCCCCGGAGCAGGGAACACCAAUAACAACUGCGCUCCGUCAAGAAGGGGUUGGAUUGGGUCCUUUAGGACGGAAAACCAAAAUGCUGAGCCUGCAAGGAACCCUUCCAUGGGGUCUUAUUUCAGGAACAUCUUCAGGCAAGCCGUUGCCUUCUUCCAAGAUCAUUAGAUUUCUCCCAGUGUGUUUUUGAGUUCAUGGCUGGGAUUGACCUUCAUGGCGCCGUUAGAGAAACGGCAGGUUGUUAAGAAGGCAGAGGAAGGGGUAAGGUGGUUCAGAUUAUCUCCCGAGUUUUAGCAAACAUUGGCUUAAGGUGGUGGAUGUGGGGAGGAAGAGACUGAAUGAAACUGGGGCGGGGGUGGUGGUGUCCUUAGCAUUUGUUUCCUAAAGCAGGGGGUUCUCCAACUUCGGCAACGUGAAGACUCGUGGACUUCAACUUCCAGAAUUCCUCAGCCAGUGAAUUCUGGGAGUUGAGGUCCAUAGGUCUUGCCCUAAAGGGCUGUGAAUGCAUGUCGUUAAAAGACCUUGAAAUUCUGCACCUGGAAAAAUGUCUCACCUUGUCCUGCGAGGAUGCAGAAUGUCACAUUAUGCAAAGAUAUGUGCAUUUCUUUGCAUAACAUAUUCGGAUUAUGCGAGGCCAAAGGAGCAGCAGAAGAACUGUGUCGAGGGUGGACGACGGCCCCAUCUUUGGCCACUGGGGAUAAAAGUCUUUGAACCAACUUGCUUCUGACAGCAGGACAAUACAAUUUGGCAAGCAACUGGCUUUUUAAAAUCAGAGUUGAAACGCUUAAGGAAGCAGAAUAUGACACCGGCUGCUUGCUCUUUUGACAGGACGGGGUGGAAAAGAGUCAGAAAUAAUACUUUAAACAGUACAAUUAAAAUGCAAACAGUGGUAGAUGCAGGGAUUUCGUACUGACUCAUCAGUAGCAACUUACAAUAAUGCGGCUAAAAUCGGAAUAAAACAGAGGAUAUUAAUAGAUUAAUAUCCUAUAUUUUAUUUCAAUUUUAACCUCGUUAUUGUAAGUUUGGUACUGAUAAGUCAAUGCCAAAUGCCUGCAUCUACCACUGUUUGUCUUUUAAUUGCACUGUUUACAUUAUUAAAGGAGGCAAAUUGUUUUAGAAAGAAUAUUUUCAAAACCGGACCUUGCCCAUUUUAUCCACGGUGUAAUUCAGGGCCGAGCGAACAUCAACCGUGCAUUUUAAUUCGUGAGACUGUCAAACGCUUGGAGAGGCCCGCACAGAUUUUGGGUUUUAAGAUAAGACGAGUUGGAAUGCUCAGCAUCUAUUUAGGCAUAUUUUUUUUGUGCGUUUCGAAAGAAGAUAAGGAAGUGCACUUCAGUUAAGACCAAGCCCUUCCUGUUGCUGUUGUGUUGCAAUCUUUGCAAAGACAAAUUUUUCAGCAGCAGGCCUCUUUAAUGAGAAGGAUCUCCAAAUUUGGCAAUGUCAAGACUUGUGUGGACUUCAGCUCCCAGAAUCCCCCCUCCAGCCAGUGUGAACUUACCUUCACCUGUUUUUUUGGGGGGUGGGGGGUCUAGAAUUCUUGAGAGCUUCAAGGAUAUCUCUCUGUUUUAAAUAAAGGAUAUUUGAACCAGAAUGUU